CGGCGGCCUGGCCUGGCCUGGCCCGGCCCGGCCCCGGGAGCCGGGCAUGGAGUUUUCCCAGAGGAAAAGGAGCAGGAAAUCGCGGAGCUUUAAACGCGUGAAUGAAGAUUAUCAGGAUGAUAAAAAUUCUGACAGCAGCAGUGAGAAUGUGGACAGAACGAAUGAGUCGCUGUUUGUCCUGGCUAAUGCGACUGAGGGACAGAAGAAGCAAGUGUCUGGAACGAGACAUUUAUUCAACCAGGUUAACACCAUGAAUGUCCAUCAGCCUCUGAUGUUCGACAGAGACCGGCUCAAGCAGGAACCCCAGGAUCAUGAGUUUACAUGGUCCCAACGCAGCACCAGCGAAUCCCCUCCCCAUCACGAUGAACCCCACUCGUCCCAGAACAUUCUAUGGAAGGAUAUCCAGGUUCAAACUCAGGCCAGUUAUUUUCUAGGAGAAUACAGUGGGGAAGAUUCCAGAACAUCUAAACCAUCCACAGAUCCAAACAGUGAAAGAAUCCAAGGCAUGUUGGACAACAAUGGGGAGAUGCCACAUAUGAACGAUAACUGUUGUAUGUGUAACUGUCAACCUAUGUUGCUAGCUAUACUACAGGAGCUUCAAGCCAUGCGAGAGCUGAUGCAAGUCCAGGCUGGUCCUCAGAGCGCUGUGCACGUUCCAUCACCCCACGUUAACACUUUACGUACAAGCUUACUACGGAAUAAAAUUAUUAAAAAAAGAUUGAUCCACAGGAUCAGGCCACCCGCUCAGCCAAGCCAGAAAUGUCACCAGCAGAAUAUUGCCUUGCCCCAGCCCGAGGAGAACCACUCUUUACCAACCCCGAGAUUGACUGCUGAAACCAACCCAAGAGAGGCCCCACGGAAUCGGGUGCAAGAUUGUAUAUCUGAAAUGGAUGAUCUCCGAAAAAGUGAUCUCUUUGAGCCGGAAAUGCGUCUUGCGGAAGGUUAUGACGUGUUCAUCCCCAAGUCUCAGCUGGAGUCCAUAUUACUGAAUUAUUCCCGUUCGGGAAGUCUGCUGUUUCGGAAACUGGUCUCCGCUUUUUUUGACGACCGGACGCUGGCGAACUCGCUCCCAAAUGGGAAAAGAAAACGAGGAGCCAACGACAACAGGAAAGGUCUUGAUCAGAACAUUGUGGGAGCAAUAAAAGUCUUUACAGAAAAAUAUUGCACAUUAAAUCAGAUUGAUAGACUUCCUGGACCGAAGGAUUGGAUACAGAUCCUCCAAGAUCAAAUUAAACUGGCAAGAAAGCGGUUAAAACGAGGUUCUGUCCUGGAUGCAUUUGAAUCCAAUGGGAAAACAGGCAACAGUCUUAUUUUGAAUCCAGGAGGAAACACUACCGCAGUAAACUUGGGUGACAUGUGGGCUGUAUCGCAAGCUGCUUGUACAGUUCAAAUCUAAUGCUCAUACUGCCUUCAGCUUUUAUUAAAAAAAAUGGCGGCGGCAAUAACAACAACAAAAUUAAUUUG